AUGGCUCUGGCGGGUCCCGCCUCCACGGAGGUUGGGAGAUCACCGUCGAGCUCGUCCGCUAGCUCGAUACCAAUGGCUGAAGAUAAGCUUAGACUGGUUAGCUUUAUCGGUGGAGAAACAAUAACUUUCGAUUGGAAACCAGAUGAUCCUCAGAGGAAUACUGAACUGGUUUCGAUCUUAUUUGAGGUGAUCGGGGCAGUCUCGAAUCCUCAACUGUUGAACAAUCAUUAUGCACCUUUUAGCAGU